AUAGAAUUAAACAAAAAAUACCAUUCUGACAAAUAUAAAAACACCCCGCCGAUUUUUCUAAACAUAUCAAAGGGCAUUUUUAAAAACCUGAGCCUUAGUUGUCCUUAAAUAGCUUUGCCUCUUGAACUAUCUCUACGGAGUUAGUAUUGAUUACUACUUCUAUUCAAAAAGAAAGCCAAGGACAUUUUGAAGAACCGAGCUUUCCCCCAAGGGGUGUGCAUAUAGCCUGUAAUUACGUGGAAAACCGGAAAAUGUACACUUACAGUCACGUACGUUGUGACCGUGAGGUGCCCAAUCGUCUUAAAGAUUACUGCAUUUUAAGUAUAAGGACGUGAUCCAACAACAUCAUGUGUGGAUCACACGACCACUGAUUUGGCGGAUAAAAACCCUCUGAAAGGUUUCGGUAUUCCACUUCGGGACGACUGACACAAACAAGACCGCCAAUCCUUGCAGGCCUUGUUGAAGAAAGAAACUGCACCAUGCAACACUUUUCUUGCAUUCUCCCAGGCCGGGAAAUUGUAACUGCUUUCUCGAGAAACUGCAAAUUUAACGUGUAACUGAUAUAUUGAGCUACACUGAACUAAGACAAUUUUUCAAUACCUUCUGGGCAAUGGAGGCAUCUACUCUUGAAAAUCUGAGCCUCGAUGUGUCGGCCGACGAUUCUAGCAGAAAAGCUGCUUUCUACGCAUAUACCAUAUUGAGUACACUGGGGCUUGCUAGGAAACGCUUUCGUCUGCCUGGUUAUGCUGCGUUAUCGCACAGUUUUCAGCUCCACGACCAAUAAGCUCAUCCUGCAUCAAUCCGCAGUGGAUUUGGUGGCGUCGUUGGUGUUUUUUGUCCGUCGAGUUCUUGAAGUGUCAUCCCCGGUAACCGAUAACGCGGCCGGUUCGCUCUACUGCAAGCUCUGGUGGUCUGAGUGGCCCAUCUACGGUAUGUUCGUCACUUCUACAUACAACACGGUUGCUAUAUCGGUGGAGCGAUAUUUUGCCGUCUGCCAUCCCGUUAAACAUCGUAAUAUGUUAUCUUCUUACUGUCUGAAGUCCGUCGUUCUUGCUGUUUGGUUAUGUGGCUGGCUACCUGAGGCCCACCUAGUGCCGAUCUCACAUCACAGCAAGAACUCUUGCGACAUUUCCUGGCCAAGCCCUACGGUCCAGGCCGUCGGUGGAGUGAUUAUUCUCGUGUAUGAACUUGUUAUUCCGCUUAGUGUCAUGGUAUUUUCUUACAGCAAAGUCAUCUUAGAGCUCCGUAAGCGCUCAAAUGCCAGGAUGAGGAAUAACAAUAACGAAGCUCAAAACAUGAUGUCCAAAGCCAACAAGAACGUCACCAAGACCCUAAUUGUGGUGGCGAUAUUUUUCGCACUUUGCUGGAUCCCAAACAAUGUCAACUACACCUUAUUCAAUCUGGGACUGCACGUGGACUCGUACGACGGCACGCUCACCCAGGCUACGGGAGCCACCGUCCUACUAAACAUGUGCAUCAAUCCGUUCAUCUACUGCUUCGCGUACGAUCGCUUCCAGAAACAAGUCAGGGAAUUGGUAUCUAGCACGUGCAGGUGUCGCAACAACCAAGUAAGCAUCCUGCCAGAUCCAACAGUGCGCAGUGAAACGGUAGAGACAGCAGCAUAAUGUUGAACCCUCUAAAAUACCACUCGGGCGACACAACCCAAAUGACAAUGAUACGCCAUUUAAAAUUUGGAAUGAGCGCGUCCUUGAUGGAAAAAUAAUGACACGACACUAAAGUAGGUCUACUUAGGUAUAACUUCGUCCUGUGAAAGAGAUCUAGCCUCCCUACUGCAGUGCAAGACGUACCGUGGUUCAAAAUCUAGAUGUAGUAAGUACAAAAAUGACAAGUAAUAAAUUAAACUGGAACACCACAAACUAUUAAGUUAACUUUAAAUCUUAAAUUAAAAAUCUUAUGCAGUUGAACGUUUCCACGGUGAUAAAUGUGAAUUUUCUAUCGAAACAAAAGUAUAUAUUAUAAAUCACUUUGUCAAUGUAGCACUAUUUGUUGGCAUGACAAAAGCACUCACUUCGUAUCCUUGGAGCCAAAUAAUUAUGAAGAAAAUAUAUUUCAUUUUUUACGCACUGUACAUAAGUCAAACCUGCCUAAAAAUAAUUCACACAUUUUGCUUGUCUCACAAGAUCUCUUUACAACCAUUUCUACGCCUUACUGAAGGAAGCAACUGACCUUUCCAAAAUUCUGACUUCUAAAACGUUCAGUCUAAAAAUAAAAAACAAAGGGAGACAAAGUUAUUAAUAAAACUGUCUUUUAUUCAUUGUUGGCAUGCAUUCAUUCGUACAAAGUCUCUAUGAUCGAUAUUUACUGUACACACGAAUCCAAUUUGUGCGUGUCAUGACAAAUGCACCAUCUAGAUGUACAUAACAAAACUCAUUUCCUCGAGAAUUAUAUCAUUAUCAACAGAAUUUGGCAAUCAGAAAUACCUUUUAUCAGAGGAUUCUCAUGAAAUGACGUCAAUGACUUUUCUUUCAGAUGUACUUUUUAAAAACUAAAUUCCACAAAAACGAAAAAAUAAAAGCAUAAUGUGUUCCAUUCCCACACCACGAGCUCCAUAAAGUCAAGUGCAUCUGUCACAAAUUUGCACCAAUCACUCAUACAUGAACCUGUUAGGAAAAUGAAAUCACACACGAUUGUACACAGCAAAAACCCAGGUGUUACACCGGUGUUGAUUUAGCAAUCUUAGAUUCUAUAUUGGGAAACACCACAGUUUUCGCUAAAGGUUCUGUUUAUGACUUGUGGCUGUCCACUCCAAACUAAAGAGAGCCUUCGAUGUUUGAAAGCUGACUAUCUUACAUGUACCCACCACCACAUACACCCGAGCGUGUUAAAAUACCAGGUUACGUUCCUGAAGAUGGCGGCUACGUUCCUGAAGAUGGCGGUUACGUUCCUGAAGAUGGCUGUUACUUCAAACACUACCCCAUUGUUACCCCAUUUCACUGGAAAUCGUCCCAGAGAAAGGAUCCAAACUCCUUUUCCACACCAUGCUUUCAGCGGCACGGCUACAUCCGACUGUUAAAAACUUGAUCUAUUCGACUAUUGUCAUUGCAAAAUGGGGUCUUUAAAAAUCAUUUCUACAUUUGUGGGAAAAACGGCCUGCAUGUCUAAAGCUAUGAGACGCCAUACUUUUGGUAUUUUAGGGAACAAAAUGUUCCCUAAAAGAGAACUGGCUACAGAUCGAUGAUUCUGACACUUUUCACGAUGUGUAGUGAUGCGGUAAAUGGGAAAUUCCAAAAUUACAAGUAUUUUCAACACUGACACUGCAAUAAUCAUAAGGCUUUUGCGAAGGCAAAUUAUGAUAAGCACUGAUCCAAAAUCUGCAAAAACAAAGAUGUGGUCAAAAAACCUUAUAGCUGAAAGCGACUCAUCCUGAAGCUUCAAAAUAAAAUCCAAGCACAUGUAAUUGACUCAGCAUUUAACGAGGAGAUUAACCAUCGAAAGGGAUACACUUUGUGAACAUGAGGAAAAAUGAAAGUCAGACAAGACGUGCUGAGCAAAUUGAAAGUACAUAUACAUGCAUAAGCGAAUUGGUUGACCAGUUUCUUGGUUUACAGAAUAACACGGGCACCAAUUGCUUGACACGGCAAUGGAAGAUCUCAAUCUCGUUUGUAUGUCUUCUUAUGACGUCACAUCCUGUUCUUGACAACAUGCAAACUUCUGAAAAAAGUGGUGACUCGAUAAGCACUUUUUGGAAAAAAAUUACGGCAGUUCAACUUAACAUUUAUCACAAAAGUUCAGUUAUACACUUUGGAAAACAAACCUUCAGCCAUCAAAUUUACACUCAACAUUUCACCGCAAUUCGUUAUUAUCGUUGGGAGCCUCCACUGCAAAUCAUCUUUCUUAAGUAAACGUAGUAGCAUUGUUGGGCACCUCUGACUCGAUUUGUCAAUGUUGCUUAUUCACCCUCGGCUUCUUAAAAUUGAAUUCUGGGGCAGGGGGGGUCAAUGCAAGCUUGUUUGCAAGGAAAUGUUUCUUCAGUGCUAAUGUCAUUACCAUAUUCAUGAGCACAGAGGUGAUGUCAUGGGGCUAUGUCCCAAUGUGUGUAUAGCAACUAUAUCAUUCUAUUGUCUUUUAUUUUAUUGUCUGUGAGAUACUCUUAUGACUGCUUGUAAUAACUGGUCAGUUGAGGUUGAUCAGGACUGAUCUCCAUUCCUGCUUCCCACUUACAAGUUUGAAUACUGGACAAGAGCUGCACCCAUCCUACAGUGAGCCUUAGCCAAAACUAACCAUGCACAAGGGAACAAGAGUGAUGAUAUUGAGACCCAGAAAUACACAAUCUCAUAAUCGGCACAUUGCAACUGAAAGUUAGCACUGUGAAUGGGACUGGGGAAUUUUGUUAAAAGAAUUCAUUAUUUACAUUUGGACUUCACAAGGCAUAAAAGUGCUUACCCACUCGUGUGAAAAGGGAGAGUAUUUUCCCACUUCCAUGAAAAAGUAUCAGAAUAUUUGACUCUUGUGAAAAAGUCUGAAAAUCUUUUCACACAUGUGAAAAGGUGUAAAAAAUCUGUUCACUCUGUGGGAAGAUUUAUUUCACAUUUU